AUGAAUGACGAUAAUCUUGGGCAAUCUAAUGAACAUUUGAAUGGUGAUAAUUUUGAGCAACCUAAUGAAGGUGUGAUUGGUGAUAAUCUUGAACAAUCUAACGAGCACUUGAAUGACAACAAUUUUAAUAACAAUGAUAAUGUUCCAAAUGUGUCGACAGAUAAUGUGGAAAAUGAUGAAAACUUGGUCCCUCCUUUGGAUAGUUAUGAUCCUAGUAAUUGGGGUAUUCUCGAUAAUAAAAUGAGAGAUAUUAUAAUUGAAAACGGGCCUAUAAGGGAAAUGAAUCUUACAUUUCCUCUCGAUAAUCUUUCUCGACAUUCUUCAUAUGCUCAUUAUUUAAGAAAGAUGAGUAAUGGAGAGACUAGUGAUAGAAAGUGCAAGAGGUUGCAGUCUAAGUCUAUGUGCAUUGACUCUACCAUAAAGCAAUUGGAAGAUGUGUUUUCAUAUUUUGAAAAGUAUCGAGAUGAAGGCUUUGAAAAAAGUAUAAAUCUUGCGAAAAGUAUUGCAUUUGAAAUGAAUGUUGAACCUGUUUUUCCAAUAAAACGUCGUGUCAUUAGAAAAAGACAUUUUGGAGAGAACAAUGAGGAUCAAGAAAGUCAAUCACCGGAAAAAUCAUUUAGGGUCAACUAUUUUCUUAUUGCUGUUGAUAUGGCAAAAACGUCUUUGAAAAACAGAUUUGAGGGGUUGAAGAUAUUUGAAAGUAUUUUUGGAUUUUUAUAUAAUUCACAAAAGUUAAAAUCACUUGAUGAAAAUGAGCUGAAAGAAUGUUGUCAAAAGUUUUACACUACCUUUUCUCAUGGCAAUUUAUCGGAUGUUGAUCAAGAUGGUUUGUUCUCCGAAUUAAAAGUCUUACAAUUCACUUUGCCAAAUGAAUCAAUGUCUGCUAUUAAAAUUCUUAAAUAUGUCAAAUCAGCAGAUUGUUAUCCGAAUGUAGCAAUUGCUUACAGAGUUUUAUUAACAGUGCUUGUGACCGUAGCAUCGGCCGAAAGAAGCUUUUCAAAACUCAAGUUAAUAAAACCUAUUUGA